GCCAAUGAAAUAACUUAACUACAAUGUUUUUGUUAAUAAAUAACAAUAAAAACCAGUUGUUGAAUACACUUGAAUCUUAUUUAUAAAAUUAUUUAUUAUUAAAUCAAAUUUAAUCACAAAAUCAUGGAUCUAAAUAUCAAAUUUAUUUUCAUUUUAUUAACGAUAUCGAAAGUUGUGAAUAGUGCAAAUAUAUUAUUUUUAUCACCAACACCUUCGUACAGUCACAGUGUUGUUUACUUUCCAAUAAUACGUGAAUUAUCAUUACGUGGCCAUAAAGUUGUAUCAAUUAUACCGGAUUUAAUCGAAGAUCCAAAAUUAAUAAAUUUAACAGAAAUCGAUAUCCAUGACGAAGCAUAUAAAGUAGCAGAACAAGUCAUGGUUGGAUUGGAUGGUUUACUCAACGAUUGGAGUUUUGAUCCAUAUGAAUGGUAUCAUGAUUUUUCAUAUAAAAUUAUUGAUGGAUAUUUCCAAUUUCCUGAAGUACAAGAAUUAAUACAACACCCAGAAAAAUAUCAUUUUGAUCUUGUUAUCACAGAAUGGAUAACUUAUCAAUCUGUAAUUGCAUUUGCUGAUUUAUUUAAAUGUCCAUUAAUUGGAAUUUCAUCGUAUACAAUAUUUCUACAUGGACACGAUGCAAUUGGUAAUCCAACGCAUCCAAUUUAUCAGCCGAAUGCAUGGGAUCAAUUUCGUGAUCCAUCAUCACUUUUGGAUCGUGUUUUAAGUGUUUACACUACAAUUAAAGCUAGAUUAUAUUAUAACCAUUUUGUUUUACCAAAACAAAAUUAUUUAGUGCAGAAGAAUUUUGGUAAACUUGUGAAUCGAAGUAUUGAGGAAAUGGAACAUGAUGUUAGUUUAGUUUUAACAAAUACAAAUCCUAUUUUACAUGGAGCGUAUCCAAAAGUAGCAAAUUUAAUUGAGUUUGGCGGAAUACACAUGCAAAAAUUUGUACCACUGGAAAAGGAAUUACAAUUAUUCUUGGAAGAUGCCGAAAAUGGAUUUAUAUAUUUCAGUCUUGGCUCAAAUAUAAAAAGUUUUCAUUUAGGUGAUAACAUUAUUAAUACAAUCAUUAAUGUAUUUAAAAAGUUACCAUAUAAAGUCAUAUGGAAGUUGGAACUUAGAAAUUUAACAGAAAAAAUGUUGUUUGCUAAUCAGAAAAAUAUUUAUGUUUCAAAAUGGUUACCACAACGUGCAAUUUUAGAACACCCAAAAAUAAAACUGUUCAUAAUGCAAGGUGGAUUGCAAUCAACUGAAGAAGCUCUUCGUGGUCCUAACCGAGUGCCUUUAAUAAUUAUACCAUUUUUAUCUGAUCAAAAUAUAAAUGCAGGAAGAUUUGAACAACUUGGUCUUGGGAAACGUUUAUUACGAUCUGAAAUAACUGAAGAACAUUUAGAAAAAACAAUUCACGAAGUGAUCAAUAAUACCAGGUACAAAGAAUGUAUUGCCGAGAUAGCAAAUACAUUAUGGGAUCAACCGACAAAACCGUUGGAUCGUGUUAUUUGGUGGAUUGAAUAUGUUAUACGGCAUAAAGGUGCUAAAUAUUUACGAAAUCCUGCAUUGAAUGCAACUUGGAGUGAAGCUAAUCUUUUAGACGUUUAUCUAUUUAUUUUUAGUAUUCUAGUAUUCGGUAUUGUAAUUCUGUAUCUUAUCACUAAAAGAUUAAUUGCUUUUAGUAAAUCAAAAAUAUCUCUACGUUCGAAGAAAAAAGUCUAA